AUGUCGGUCAACGUCAAGACGCUCAUGGACGUGGCGCAGCGCACCCAGAUGGUGCUGGACCGCAUGGCGUUUGAGGCCGACCCCGAGGCUUUCCUGGAGAGCUGCAAGGCGGAGCAGGACAAGCUCACAGACAAGCUGCUCUCCGCACGCAGCAGGCUGACAAAGGUGAAGAUCUCCAAGCAGCUGCAGAUCUUGAUCUCUGACAUCUGCUCGCGGCUGGAGGUUGACGGCCUGCGUGGCGACCUGGUUGUGAACCGCGCGGCCAAGGCGCUGGUGGCGUUUGAGGGGCGCGACACGGUGACCCAGGAUGACGUGGCGCGCGUCAUCAGCAGCUGCCUCAACCACAGGCUGCGCAAGGAUCCCCUGGACCCGAUUGACAGCGGCACCAAGGUGGCGAUCCUCUUCCGCCGCCUGACCGACCCCGAGUUUGUGAAGCGGGAGGAGGAGGCGAAGAAGAAGAAGGCCGACGCGGAGGCCAAGGCGGCGGCGGCGGCGCCCAAGAAGGCGGGCGCGUGGGGCGGGCUGCCGCCGGCGGUGAGGAGAUAG